AUGUCCGACGCUAGUCCAUCGACCGACCACAGUCCGACAUCUACCGAGGAAGAGACGCUCCCGUUACUCUACGAUCUUGACAAGCUGACGCAGAUUCAAGAAGGGGAGUUCACCAAGGACAUUCCCCCACUGCCGAUCGGGGAGUUUAACAAGAAGAAAAAACAGAAUUCGACGCGAACAGGACAGCCAGGAACUUCGUCGGCACCGGCCGGCUCUGGAAACCAGGUUGAGGUCGAGGAGGAGGAGGAUGGGGAGGAGGAGGAGGAGGAAAGCGAUGACGAAAACGACGAGCGUCCACCGCGUAGCACUAAUCAGCGCACCUUGGAAGAACGACUCAGGCGGGAACUUGAAUACAUAGAUAAUCUGCUCGAACAGGACGAGGAUGCGGACCAGGAGAACUUGUCGGUACCACGCGAACAUUGGAGGGCGGCAGACUUCGUCGAGGAAGACCUGGUUUACGCGUCCAUCGACGUGCUCGUCUUGGACGCCCGACGCCACCUGCAAACCGUGGAGAGGAACAGCACGCUGAGGCUGUACACCUCGUGGAUCUAUCACUUCAAGAGGUGGGCGGCGAAGAUGUUGAGGCAAAUUCGCAGCAAGCUUCCGCAGGAGCACAGGCUUAAGCACGUCGACGAGAUAGGGCACUACAUCCGGGACAACAAGAAGAAAAACUGGGAUCAAGAGGCCGAUGUCCCCCGGGCGUACGUGUGGCUGCACGGCCCUAGGGUCACCAAGACCCGGCUUCGCGCAUACGUGAAGUACAUGGUUCGGGAGUUGAAGCUCGAUGCCGAGUCCAGCAAGGAAGGCGACAACGCCACAGGAACACAGUCUGUGCAAUCUACAACGGUGCACACGCUCCUCGGGCGCAUAAAGGCAUGCCAGAUGGCGGCGAGAGUGGAGGCGACACUAUACCGGGAGACGGAGCUGAGCAUCAUGCGUGAGAUAUUGGUGGUCAGGUCGGAGAUCGGCCAGUUUCACGGCGUCCGCCUCAUUCCGCCGGUGGACACCAGCACACGCGCGAGCUGGUACAAGAAGCACCUCUUCUUCGCCAAAAACGACACCGACCAAGGGGAGCUCUCCGUGGCAAGCCACCAACACUGGGCGCGGCAGUUGUGGGACAAGAACGGGGUGUUCUGCAAGAGGAACGUGCACGCCGCUCGAGCGAGAGGGGCCCAGGAGCUGGCCAUCGACGGCACGCCGCGCGCCGAGAUCGCGGAGCUGGGUCACUGGGCGCUCGACAAGAUGACGCGAGCGUACAUCACCACCAUUCCGGUGGGGGUGGUGAUGAAGAAGACCGGUUACUCUGGUUACAAGCAGGACUACUUCUUGGGUCGGAGCAGGGUAGAGCCCUCCGAGAAGCUCCUGAAGCUCCUCGCCGAGCACAUCUUCCCCGGCGUCGACGACAUGCUGAAGACGGCGGAAGGGAAGGCUGCCAAUGGGUCCGACGCCGACAAAGCCGCGGUGCACUUCUGGCGCACACUCCAGAUGCUGCGCCGCAUCGUCGCCGAGGACCUAGCGGUGAAGCUGGUCCGCACACCAUGGCACCCGUACGUCCAAGGCUCCAUGCUCUGCCGGAUCCCCCUCUUCCAGCACUGGGCGAAAUGGGUCGAGAGGGUCGACACCGAGACGAUCAACAAGCGUCGGGACCCGACCCAAAUUCAGGCAGAGGAAAUCUCUGUUCGCUUUGACACAGAGUACUACAACAUGUCCCUCAAGGAGAAGCUGACGAAGGAGAUGGAGCGCACCGCGAACGAGAAGAUUGACUUCCUGGAGGAGCUCGAGAAGCGCGACGGCACCAUCGUGUCGCUCACCGCCGAGAUAAUCCGUCUCACCGAGGCACUCCGUAUGUCAGAAGCACGGAGAGUGCCGGAGGCCCCGCCGUCGGCUACCGCGCAAGCUCCAAGCAAGGGUGGCUCGGCGGAUUCGGCCAACACGGGAGCGGGAGCCGACAGAGGGGACGAGAAACCCCCGCCACCCCCACAGACGGACGAGGAGGCUAGUUACGAGCUCAACGUGGUACAACCGUGGCGGGAGGCCAAGACCGGGAGGGACGCCUGGCGCCUCUGGAACUCCGCCACCGCCAAUGACACCCGUCGGCUUUGCGACAGGUUCGGCGAGCCGUGCUUCGUCGACCGCCACACCCUCCUGUCACGCGCGACGCAGGGUGCACUCAACAUGAGGGUGCGCCGCAUGCUGAGGGUCAUGGAUGCGGUGCGCCAGCUACGCGCGAGGGACGGUGACGCCGACACCGAGGAAGUGGUCGAUGCACUGCACAGGAUCGCGGCACCGGGCAUUGGGACCUUCGCCGAUGCCCUCACGGUGCUCAAACCGGGAACGGCACCGAUGUUGUCCAAGGAGCCUAGCAUGGGAGUCAAGGGGCUGGGCCCCAAGGUGGUCUCGAAGCUACGCCUCGCCUGUGCGCUUGUGGCGCUCAACCUGAAGCCGACAGUUUGGGUCGAAACCCUGUUUCCAGACACCUGGGUGGAGCAGAUGCCGAAGACCAAGGCCGACCUGGCGAAGCCGACCGCACCUGCCAAGUCGACCGCACCGGCCAAGCCGACCGCACCGGUGCACCGUCCUCCGACCAAGCGCAAGAAGUCGGCAUAA